CAUCGCGUCGUCCACUCCCUCCAGCUCCUCCCAUUGUCCGCUGCUGCCACUUCCAUUCCGUGCCACUUGGGUACUUGGGUUGCCUUCUUCAACCUCCCUCUCAAUCUCACUCAAUCUGGCAUCUUUCCCCACCUUUCCCCCUUCCCUUGGUUUGGUAGAUAGAUUCAUUGGUUGCUCUCCCUGAGCUGGAGGCUGAGAGACUGGAGCUGCCAUGAAUGGAAAUGAAAUGAAAUCUCCACCCCACUGAUCUUUCUGGCCGUUCCUCUUCCUCGGGGGAGGAGAGGAGAGUGGGGGAAAAGAGGCCGUCGAAUUCUUGCAUCGUCGUCUUCUCGCUUUGCUUGGCGUUAGUUCCACUUGCACACCAUUCAAUUCGGUUUCUCUGGUGGCGUCCGCAAGUCAAGUCCACCUCGUCAAAGCAACCAAAACCCCCUUUUCUCCCUCUCUUUCCCUCUCUCCUGCCAUCAUAGUCAAGCAAGCUCCCAUUUUCCAUUCACUGCAUUCGAUUGGGUUUCCUUGCAGCAGCCGCCGCCCUCCCUCUGCCAUGUCCGGCACCGCCACCACGGCGGCGACGCAGCGCGAGCCCAACCACCUCCCGAAAGCCUGAUUCAUGGCCCCCGCCCCGUCCCCGGCGCCAGCCGCGUCGUCGCGGCCCACUGCCACACCGGCCGACCCCGCUGCCACUCCACCUGCCGCGGCCGCGCCCCCGCCCGCCUCCCCGCCGCCGCGCGCCGCCCCUCCGUCCUCCCGCUCGCAGGCUCCUCCACCUCCGCGACCUACUGCCUCGCCGCCGCCCGCCCCGGCGCGGCCAGUUGCUCCUGCUCCAAGGCCGCCGCCGCUCGCGCCCCCUCCGACGUCCCCGCCGCCGUCUGCCCCUCCGGCGCCCUCGCUCUCUCCGCCAAGAACGCAUCCGCCAGAGUCUCCGGCCCCUGCGUCACCUCCCGCCGGCGCUUCGCCGCCCGUGCCGGUGCCAUCAGCGCCGACGAGGCACAAGCCAUUGCCUACGCCUGCCACUGCGGCUGACCCGGCGCACACGAGCAAGAACCCAAAUCCCAGCAAGCCGUCCAGCUCGGGCCCGCCCCCCGGGAGCCCAUCCGCCCCACUUGGCGGCCGUGGUGUCAUCGUAGCCAUCGCUGCGGUGCUCGCUGUUCUUGUGCUUAGCCUCAUAGUCACAGCAGUUUGGUUCGCCAACAAGCGCAAGAGGAAGCGAAAGGAUGGUUACAGAGCUGAUUUCAUGUCGCCUACAUCACCUUUUUCUUCGAACCAACCUUCAAGUGGUUCAGCAAAUGUAGGCUCGUCAAUUGAUCCUUCUGUCCACACCAGCUAUAGCGCGGGGAGCCCCAGGCUGAAACAAUGCUUGUCCGAUAUCAGCAUGGGAAACUCCAGGUUCUUCUCAUAUGAGGAGCUGUAUCAGAUUACUGACGGUUUCUCAGCCCAGAAGCUUCUAGGUGAGGGAGGCUUUGGAUCGGUGUACAAGGGCCGCCUGCCAGAUGGUACAUACGUCGCCAUUAAACGACUAAAGGAUGGUGGCGGACAAGGGGAACGUGAGUUCCAGGCUGAAGUGGAGAUAAUUAGUCGGGUGCAUCACCGUCACUUGGUUUCUCUUGUGGGAUAUUGCAUUUCCAAUGACCAAAGAUUACUUGUAUAUGACUUUGUGCCUAAUAACACCCUACAUUAUCAUCUUCACGGACAAGGAAUGCCUGUGUUAAAAUGGUCCACCAGGAUUAAAAUUGCUGCCGGUGCUGCUCGUGGAAUUGCUUACUUGCAUGAAGAUUGCCAUCCAAGGAUAAUUCAUCGAGACAUCAAGUCCUCAAACAUUUUGUUGGAUAACAACUUUGAGGCAAAGGUGGCUGAUUUUGGUCUUGCGAGGUUGGCAUUGGAUGCUGUAACACAUGUAACAACCCGUGUUAUGGGCACAUUUGGGUACAUGGCUCCGGAGUAUGCAUCAAGCGGUAAAUUGACCGAGAGAUCGGAUGUAUUCUCUUUUGGUGUAGUCCUCUUAGAGCUUAUUACUGGUCGAAAACCUGUUGAUGCAUCGAGACCGCUGGGUGACGAGAGCCUCGUCGAGUGGGCUAGGCCAUUGCUUUCUCGAGCUCUGGAUACAGGCGAUUUGGAAGGGUUGGUUGACCCCAGGCUUGAGAAGCAGUUGGAUGUACCGGAGAUGUUCCGUAUGAUCGAGGCUGCUGCAGCCUGCAUUCGGCACUCAGCAUCAAGGAGGCCCAGAAUGAGCCAGGUGGUGCGGGUUCUUGAAAGCUUAGCGGACAUUGACUUAACAAAUGGAGUUCAGCCUGGGCAAAGCCAGCUUUUCAACGUGGCCAACACGGCGGAGAUCAGGAUGUUCCAGCGGAUGGUGGCCGGUGCUCAAGAUGACAGCUCCGACUUGAGCCUAUACGGUUGGAGUAGAGGCACUGACGCCGCCCCGGAUUCCAGGAUCUUGUGACGAUGGCCUUCUAAGCUUCUUCUGACUGUGUCUGUAGUGACCCUUCAGUUACAGGACUAGCGAAUUCAGGUGGUUGUAUCGAGUGGAAGUGGUUCCCUGACCGACCUUAAAUUCUUUAGGAAAUCAAAGUGAUCUGUAGAUUACACGGGUGAGAUAGUGUUUUUUCUCUUUGCCUUUGUAUUAUGAAAGAAGAGAUUGAUUGAUCACGAUUUAUGCAGAUUUUUUGAGACACUGAAAAACAUUGUAGAGAAACGCAUGGCAGGCAGGCAUCUUUCA